AGGGCUCUCAAUUUCUCAACUCAUUAUGGCAAAAAAGUGGAACUUUUUAGAUUUAAUUUUUCUUUUACAUCCUAUUGACGAACUCACUGCCUCUUUUUGUCGGUUUCCACACAGUCCUGAGCAACACAUUCUCAGAACUGACCGCAGAACAACUGAAAAGGAGCUAUUUUUUUCCUUCUGAUUUUCUCAGGGAUUUCUGAAAUCGAAAAGACUUUCUACAUAUCAUUUCACUCUCUGGUGGAGCCAGAACAGCGAUGUCUUCCUCCAGAAAUCAGACGGCAGCUGUCAGCAGUAAUUCUACCAGCGAUGUUUUCUAUGAAUGGGAAUACUAUUAUGACUACAUCGAACCCAUGGUUGUGGAUGAGACCAAGCUGAAAUACAACAAAUACUCCAUUGUCAUAAUACUUUGGAUAUCCCUGGCAGCAUUUGUGGGACUUUUGUUUCUCAGCUUGAAUCUAUUAUCCUUCAGAGGAACCUUUUCUUGCAGGAGACAGAAACCCAAAAUAAAGAGAAACCCCAGUGCAUCGAGUGCAUGAUGAGAAGCUGAAG